AUGGGAAUAACAUCAACACAAACCCAACUAGCAAUAAAUAAGUUAAAACAAAUCAAUCAAUCCCAAAAGGAAUUUCUUGAAAUAUCUUCUCAAGUGAUAGAACAAAUUGAAGAAAGUAUUUCUGAAAUGGUACAAUCAUACGAAGAGAAAUUAAAAUUCUUAGAACAUGAAAAUAAAGAAAUCAAACAACAACUUGAUGAUGAACGAAAUAAUAAUAAAAAGUUAUUAGAAUCUCAAAGUUUUUCUCUUGAGAAAAACAGUCAAGAAAAUGACACAAGUAAACAAGAAAUAAAUAACCAAAAUGUAGAAAUUAUUGAAUCAGAAAAAAAAGAUUGUACAAUACCUGUUGUUGUUGAGAAGAAACAAAAACAAAAUAAGAAAAAAGUAAAACCCCAACCAAGAAGACAAACAAAGAUUAAAAUUAUGACAACAAAUGAAAAGGCAAAGAGAGAACGGGCAAAAAUGAAAAUGUCAUCUGAUUCACAAAAGCAAAUACAUAAGGUUGUACCAAUUAAACAAGAAAUAAAAAAUGAUGUUGAAAUAAUCCCAACAACAGAAUUUAAAGAAUUAAUUCCAUCAAAUGAUAUAGAUAUUGAUAAAGAAAUCCCUGCUAUUGUAAAUGUUUUGAAACCUUCUUCAGAAAAAUUAUCAAUUAUGGAUUCUAUGAAUAACCUUAAAUUAAUGAUUAGUCAAAUGAAAUUAGAAAUGAAAGAUGAAUUUGAAGAAGGAAGUAAUGAUGAUGACUUUGACUCAUUUGAAUAA